AUGGCUGAUCGGGGAACUGGUGCCCGCGGUGGCGGCUUUGCUUCUCGGGGUGGUGCUGACCGUGGCCGUGGCCGUGGUGGUCCCCGUCGUGGUCGCCGCGGCGGCGGCAAGGGCGACGAGAAGGAGUGGCAGCCCGUCACCAAGCUUGGCCGUCUCGUCAAGGCCGGUAAGAUCAAGAGCAUGGAGGAGAUUUACCUCCACUCGCUCCCGAUCAAGGAGUACCAGAUUGUCGACUACUUCCUGCCCAAGCUCAAGGAUGAGGUUAUGAAGAUCAAGCCCGUCCAGAAGCAGACCCGUGCCGGUCAGCGCACUCGCUUCAAGGCCAUCGUCCUCAUUGGCGACUCCGACGGCCACGUUGGUCUCGGCAUUAAGACCUCCAAGGAAGUCGCUACUGCUAUCCGUGCCGCCAUCAUCAUCGCUAAGCUCAGCGUUAUCCCUGUGCGCCGCGGUUACUGGGGUGCUAACCUCGGUCGCCCGCACUCUCUGCCCGUCAAGCAGAGCGGCAAGUGCGGUUCCGUCACCGUCCGCCUCAUCCCCGCUCCUCGCGGUACCUCCUUGGUCGCUUCUCCUGCUGUGAAGCGCCUGCUCCAGCUCGCCGGUAUUGAAGACGCCUACACCUCGUCGUCCGGCAGCACCAAGACCCUCGAGAAUACUCUUAAAGCUACCUUCGCUGCUGUUGCCAACACCUAUGGCUUCCUGACUCCCAACCUUUGGAAGGAGACUAAGCUCAUCAGGAGCCCGCUGGAGGAGUACGCCGACACCCUUAGGGACGGCAAGCGGUAUGCUCACUAA